AUGCUCGCCAAAUUUGCAUUCGCUCUUCUCGCUGCUUCUUCCCUCGGGUUUCUCGCAUCCCAGGCAGAUGCAAAGAAGUACUCCCAGGCGUACGAUUGCUACAUUGUCAUAGGAAAGAUCCAGCGCUGUUACGACGGAUCGGCCAAGGAUCUAACAAGGUGCUCAAUCUCGUCUCGCUUGCCCUCUGACCAGACUUAUUACGCGCCUCGGUCAAUUGGUGGACAGACGUAUCCCUUUGGCACGUCGGUGGUGACUCUGCAGACUGUCGAUGGCACCUAUGAGAAGGUUGAUGUUGCGACCUUCUUUGGUGUCUGCGAGGGUCAAUGA